AUGUUAAAGCAAUUGCUAGUGGCAUGGCUGCUAGUCAGCGUGUCUUUACAGUUCAAGACGUCUGCAAGGACGUAGAUAACCCCUUUGGAGUCAAUUUUAUCUAUUGAUCCCUCUGGAUGGACUUGUGAAAGUCCAAGCUAUAAAGAGUAGUUGGGAGCAUAGCAUGACAUUGAUUAAUGGAUAGACAUCGUGAAACACAAGGAUGGAUUUGAUGGAGAUUUGUAGGUUUUGGCUAUGGUCAAAGCAUUGGUGGAUAGAGUUUUGCUAACUGUCUAACAUAUUCAGGGAGGAUCGUUUAUUCAAGUCAAAUAGUUGCAUCAUUAGAUCUCAAAGCAUUUCAAAUCACUAUCUCAAAUUGAAUCUACUUCAUCCUGGUAUGAUAUUAACGAUAUUUUGGGAUAUUUGGAAGUCCUCAAUAAAGCAAAGAGUGAUGAAGACAAAUUGUAAUUGGCUCAAACCAUUGCAACUAAGAUCUCUGAGUUGAUUCAACAAAUAACAGAAAUCUAAUUAUAACUAAAUACUAUUCCUAUUGAAAUUGAUUAACUCUAUGAUCUUGCCACUAGAGUCAAUGAAAAAACCUCUCAAUGCAAAGAUUAUUGGGCACCAUUAUUACAGGCUGAUGCAAAAGCUGAAGAGGAGGAAAGAAGAAAAGAGUAAGAACAAGAGGAUGCAAAAUUAUAAGCAGAAGAAGAAGCUAGAGCAGCAGCUGAAGCAGCAGCAGAAGAAGAAAGAAGAAAGGAAGAAGAAGCCAGAGAAUUAGAAGAAUUGAAGAACAGAGUAGAUAUCACUCCAGAAGAAGCCGAAUUAUUAGAAUAAUAAGCCGAGAAGGAAUUAGAAUUAGCAGAGGAAUUAGAACGUGAAGCAGAACAAGAGUUAGAUGCUGCUAAGUCAGCUGAAUAAGAAGCUGAAACAUAGGCUGAAAAAGAUGCAAGAGAGGCAUAAGAAGCAGCUGAAAAAGCAGCAGAAUCAUAAUAGGUCUUGGAAAAUGCCUAAAAUAAGGAAGAAGAAGCGUGCUUAGAUGCCGAGGAAGCAUAAAGAAGAUUGAAAGAGGCUUAGGAGGCAGCUGAAGAGGCAAGAAAAAGAGCAGAAGAAGCUGAGAGAUUAGCUGAAGAAGCCAAAAAGGCUAAAGAAUGUGAACCAGUACCUGAACCAGAAAAAGAAUCAGAAGAAGAAGUAGAGGAAGAAGAGGAAUUUGAAUGGGAAUCAGAAGAGGAAGAUGGUUGUGGAGAUGACGUUUUGGAAGAUUUGAUUGAUACACUGAUUGAUGCAGCAACUGGUCCAAGUGCUUAUUAGCCAAGUUGUGGAUAUCCAGGAUGUUAAGAACAACCAAUUAUUAUUAUUGUUGAAGAUGAUGAGGAUGAACCCAAACCACAACCAUAACCAGAACCUAAACCAGAACCUAAACCUGAACCAGAAGAAGAAGUUAUUGUUGAAGAAGAACCAGAAGAGGAAGUUGUUGUAGAACCAACACCAGAUGAUGAAAAAGUAGAAGAAUAAGAAGAAACAGUAGAAGAAAUUGUUGAAGAAAUUGUUGAAGAGAUUGUUGAGGAAAUCGUUGAAGAAAUAGUUGAAGAAAUCGUUGAGGAAUUAGUUGAAGAGGAAGAAGAUGACGAUUUCGGUAGAUUAGAAUUCCCAGAUGAACCAGAACCAGAAUUAGAAUAACUUGUUUACACUUUAGACAAGAGAACUGACAGUGUUGUUACAUAAGAAACAUCACCUUGGGAAAAAGAUGUUGAAGAUGGACCUGAUAGCAGAAUUAAAACAUCAGUUGAAUACAGUUAUGGAUUAUGGACAUAUUUCAGAUACAAUGGAAAGGUUAAGAUUGCAGAAAAGAAGGAAGUCUUGGCUGUUGGAGGUUUGAGUGGAGAUGACACAAAUAGAUUAGUAACAACUAUUGGAGAAGGAUUCUAUAAUUUCUAAGUAUUUGAAGGAGAAGUUGUGACUGAAUUAUAAUUAGAUUAUGGCAAAUAUUUGGAUGCUGAAUGGAUUUAUGUCUAUUUCGGAUAUAAAGAAGGAAAAGCCAAUGGUUAUAUUUACUGGGGUAGAACUUAAGUAAUCAAGAGUGUCACAUUCAAAGUUACUCAACCAGCUAUUGUUAAAACUAUUAAAUUCCAAUCUGGACUUUGGAAGGGAUUCAAAGGAUUCAACGGAGUCAUCACCAAUGUUAGAGUUGUCUUGAAUAAGAAUUCAUUAGUUGAGACAGAGGAAGAGAUGAAAAAUUUGAUUGAAACCAAAUACACUGUUCCAACAGACCCUGAAUUAGAAUAUUAGGAGAAAUAAUACUAUGACAAAGUUGAAUAUGAUGGUUUGAUCGAUGAUCCUAAAUUCAAAUGGGAUUUAGAUGGAUACAGAGAAUAUUCAGUAUCCACUUGGUUUAGAUAUGUAAGAAGAUCUGAAAGAGCUCAUUAAGUUAUAUUUAGAUUUACAUCCAACGAACCAGAAGUAGGAAUAAUUCCUCAUGGAUUGAAAGCACUUUCAUUAUGGUAAACUGAAUAAAAUGAAUAUUAAUUCUCUACAUAUACAGUUGAAGAGAAGGACAAGUUCAGUGACAUCGAUGAAAAAGUUGUUAUUGCUUAAGAAUCACAAUAAUUAUGGACAUAUGCAUACUUUGGAUAUAAUCAUGGAGAUUUCACAUACUACAUGGAAUGGCCAGAUGACAAAGUUGGGCAUGUUGUAGCCAAAUAUUGGGCACUUUAUUUGGGACAAGGACAUUAAUUUUUCUUCCAUGGAAAGACAGCCUACACAACAAUCAGAUUUGGAAAGGGUGCAUGGGGAUCUGCUAUAGAUUUCGAUGACUAUAAGACUGGCAAGAUUAAGUUAUGGCCUGGAGUAUAAUUGAAAACAUAUGAUCCUAAAUGGUUGAAUCACAAAACAGAAUCUGAAUAUGAUACUUUACUUCAUGAUGAACCAGAUUGGGUAACAGAUGGUGUUUAUGAAUAUGGAUUCGGUAUGUGGACUAAAUUCUUCAUUACAAACCCAUAAAGAAUUUAUGAGAAACCUGAGCGUAUUUUGGUUGGUAGAUUAGGAUUUACAGAUUAAGAUGAAGCUGAAUUUGCAGUAUAUAUUGGAAGAGGAAAUUAUGAAUUCUGGGCUGGUUCAGGAAGACCUGUUAAUUAUGGAAAGAAUUUAGAUGGAUAUUGGAAUUACAUCUAUUUCAGUUAUUCAAAAUUGAAGUAAAUUGCUGUUGGAUAUGUUAAUUUCAACAAAUUGAAGUAAGUUUAAAGAACAGUUUUCGAUCCAUUUGAUGCUGAUCCUGCUAACAAUUAUGUUAGAUUCUAUGUUGGAUAAUGGAAAUCUACUGUUUAUGGAUUCAAUGGUAGAAUAGCUCAUGCAGUUGUCAGAUUUGGAAGAGGAUCAUUUAUUAAUGAAAUUGCUGAAUAUGAAACAUGGAUUGAAUAAUACAAGGUCCCAGUUGACGAAGAAUUAGGAACAAAGGAUUAUGAAAUCUAAGGUGCUGAUAACAAAGAUACUGAAACAUAUGAUACCUUUUUAUAUGAAGAUGGAGCAAUUGAAACAGAAUAAUAUUCAGUCUAUGGAUGGUUCAAAUAUUAUGGAAGUCUAGAUGAAUACUGA